CAACACAUAAUUUCUCUCUACACCUAAGUUUUACUUUCUUAAUUCUUUUUCUUUCUUUUCCUUAAAAUCCACUGUCUCUAUCUCAACAAGGUUUUGUCCCUUUCUACAUAUCUCUCUGUCUCUCUUUCACUUUCUCUCUGUCUCUCAUUAUCAACAUUUCCUCUCUCUAUAUAUAUCCUUCAGUUUUUUUAUCUCCCAUCUCUUUUUCAACAUAUUUGUUUAAACAACGUUCAUUCUCAUCAUCGCAUAAACCCUGCUUCGCCAUACAGCGAUCGAGAUUUUACUCGAUCGCCUAACCAACCAUUUUCAGAGGAUCCAGAUUAAAAUUUUUCUUAUAUUAUAAAUUUAAUAUUAUUGUCGGUGCAAAGGAGAUUAAUUAAUUAUGAUGACAAAUAUUUGGAACAACAAAUCCAAUGAUGAUGAUGAUGAUAAUAUUAACAUUGAGUUUGACAUUGAGUCAUCAAAAGAUGAUGUUGAUGCAAGAACUGGCAUGAAGAAAGGACCGUGGUCCCCACAAGAGGACAUGGUUUUGAUAGAGUACGUGAACAAGCAUGGUGAAGGGAAUUGGAAUUCUGUUCAGAAGAAUUCAGGAUUGUUAAGAUGUGGAAAAAGCUGCAGACUUAGAUGGGCCAAUCAUCUAAGGCCAAAUCUAAAGAAAGGUUCAUUUUCUGAAGAGGAAGAAAAAAUCAUCAUUCAACUUCAUGCUAAGCUUGGAAAUAAAUGGGCUAGAAUGGCUGCUCAGUUACCUGGAAGAACAGAUAACGAAAUCAAGAACUUUUGGAACACGAGGAUGAAAAGGCGUCAAAGAGCGGGUUUACCUCUUUACCCUCCAGAAAUCCAUGCAGAAGCUAUUGCAUACAACAAUCAUAUAAUGCUUCAGCAUGAGCCUUUCUCUUCUUCAUCAUCAUUUUCUUUACUCUUAUCUUCAUGUUACCCUAAGAAGCUUGAUGAUCCAAACAAUUAUGAUUAUAAUCCUCUCCAAAACAUCUCAGAUUCAGCUUACACCAAUCCAUGUCCACAAUUCAGCUUUUCCAAUGAUGAAACCCUAGAGAUUAAUGAAAAUCUUGCUUUGAAAAAAUCACCUUCACUUUCUCCUUAUCCAUCUCCAUCCUCCAAUGUUUUCAACCAAGGUUUUACUCCUCCAAGUGAUCAUUCACAUGAUCACCAAUAUUCUGAAAAUUUUAGCUAUGAUCAUCAUGGAUUCAAUGCAGGAUCUCUGUAUGAUUCUGCAACUCCUGCUUCAUCUUAUGCUAGUGGUGUUAAUGAUUACUAUGAAGUUGCACCGUUAUCGUCUGAAGGAAAAAAUAGUGGACUUUUGGAGGAUCUUGUGAUGGAAGGUAGAAGUAUUUCAAGCAAUGACAAGGGUAAGAGUGUGGACUCAUACAAGAGGAAACGCGUGGAGGCUGAAGAAUAUGAAGAUGAAGGAGGCAUUGGUUCUUUGGUGUCAGGUUCCAUAAAGAAGAAGAAGAGUUUGGAUGAGACUCAGAAGAAAGAUUUUAGCUUUUCUCAAUUGUCAACAGGGAAGAAACCGUUUGUGGAGGAUCCUUUAGCUGAGAUGAAUUCAAUGUACGAUGAUGACUUGGAUUGCUUGCUCCACAAUUUUCCCUCAGAAAUACCAAUGCCUGAAUGGUACUGUAGAGGAAAAAGCCAAACAUUGGGACAUGAAACUCAAACUGAUCAUGCUUCUUCAUCAUCUGGCCCCACCAAUCAAGAAUUUGCUUGGACUCUUGGAUCAAGUUGGAAUAACAUGCCUGGCAUAUGUUAAUUUUAGCUCAAGGAUAAAAAAGAAGAAGUGUGUUUUGUAAUUAUUACAAAACAAAUAUUGAUAGUGAAAUAGAUAGUAGUUCCAUAUGAUGUAAUAUUAGUUAGAAUAUGUAAGGUGUAGAGAGUUUUAAGGAUAUUAAAUGAUUUACAUGUAGUUUGUUUAAGUUAUUUAGAUAUGAAUUAGAGUUUGGUUUAGCUAUAGCUAGGUUGGUCAUAGUAUAAACUUAUUUCAUCAAGUGCCUUAUUUUUAGUUUAAUGUGUUGUUAUGAUUUGAGAUGUAGUAAAAAGAGUUUGUCUUG